AAGUUGCGUUUUACCCUGAAUGUGCGUGUCGUGUUUGUAUCAUUUUCUGUUUGUUUAUCAUUUAUGACGUUAUUGUGAGUGCGCAUUUUUUAAAAUCAAAUCAAAAGAGGUGCUUAUAAAGUUACAAUGAAAAACAUAACUGCAAAACAAUUGCCUAGAAAGAGUAAUUCCAAAGAGGAUGAUGACAAUGUAAGAUAUAAAUUAAGUAAACAGUACUUGAACAAUAUUGCCAAAGCGAAUUCAAAAGCAUUGAAAAAGUUAAAUGAGAAUGAUGAUAAUAUUCGAUACAAAUUUGCUCCAGUGUCAUCCAAACCAAAGAGCCCAGAGAAAAAACCUAAACAAAAACAAAAGAUUAAAGUGAACUUUUGGAGCAAUAAACCAAUUGGGCCUCGGAAUCAAAAAGAUGCAUUGAAUUCUGGGAAAUCAAAACGCAGACACACAGUGGGCGCAGUGGACAAUGUUGAUAGUGAAAAACCUAAGACACCUGUAGUUAAGGUUCGCAAGCGAGUCUCCUUUUUGCCAUCGCCAAUGUUUAACGAUAACCAUGUGCCCAUGGUCACUGUACCGGAUGAUUUAACUAUUCAGAUUAACGCAGAAGCCAAAACACGGAGUGAAGAUUUAAAUCUAGGCUUUAUAGAUAAUAAAACAGAUAUAAGCAAACUGCAAGAACAAGGCAGAAAGAAAGUACGGACUUCAAUGACACAGACAAGCCCAAGAAGCUCAAAAGUAAACGCAGCCAAUGUACAACAGAGAAAUCAAGGCAAUGAAAAUGAUUUAGAAUUCUUUUCCAAAUAUGUAGUGCAAAAGUUAAGAAGAAUGGAGACAAAUCAGCGUAUUUACUCAGAAAAUUUAAUAAACACAGUUCUUAUGCUAGGACAAUUGGGUCAAUUAAACGGUAAAUCUAAAAUAACACAGACAUCAUAGAUUCUAUUUGUUGACUAUGGUUUAAUCUAACAUUUAUUCUUUAAAUUAUUUUUCUAUUUUGUAUAGAGUUCAGUACAUGUCAUGUUUGAUACCUGCCGCUGUUAUUUCCUUAAUAGUUCAAUCAAAUAGUUAUUGCACAAAGUUACUGCAUAAAAUAACUACUAUUUAUAACUAUUUCAAAGAUAAAGUACAUACAAUAUUGAUCUCAAGUUACAUAAUAUAUUUAGAUCAAUCAAUUCAAUGAAUACUUUAUGUAGAAUAGUUGAUAAAUUAUUUAAAAAUUAUUUCUAGACACUGGGUAUUUUUAUAUACUGCAUAUCUUGUUUUCUUAGAGCUAGCGCGCAAGAGCAACUUUUGUCUCUCCCAUCAAUUCUAUAAGUUGCGUCGCUAUGUGCGCGCACUUUCUUACUAGCCCAUAUCACUUAUUGUAUUUUUUGAAUUUUUAAAGCAAUUAGAAUCCACUUAUAAUGACAUUGACAUCAAAUAAGUAUUUAAAAGAUUUGGAUUGAUGCUAUUUUUUCCUUUGCUUUGUUUAUUAAUUUAUUAAUGUAUUUUCUUUCAACAAUUAUAUUUGUUAAAUUGAAAUCACUUAUGGGACUAAUUCUUCACUGUCAUUAUAAGUGCAAUAUUUAACUAAUAUAAUAUAUACUAUACAUAUACUUACCAAUACUUUAUAAAAUUUGAUAGAUAUGAAUAGAUAGUUGUAAUUAUUAAAAAUAGAUUAUUGUGAAUUGAUAAUACUUAUUCUUAGUACCUAUUUCCCAAUAUAAUAAGAGAAAUUGAUAAAAGGUGUCUUGAAAAAAAUUAUUUAUUAAUCAUAGUAAAUUAGGAAAUUAUAUUUACAUAAAAAUACUAAUAAGUAAUUUUUCUUUGUAAUAAUUGACAUAUUAUUAUGUCAUUGAUUAAUGUUGGAGGCAUAAUAUAUUUGUGUGUUACAUAUAAAUUUAAUUAUCUGUUGUGUGUUUAGAGUCUUCUGUCUGACAUGUAUACUGUAUAGCUCUGAUUAUAUAAAACAAUAUUUUUUUGUAAAAAUCAAGUAACUAUAUACUUGUUAUUGUUAACAAGUUAAUAUUUUGUUAUAUAUAUUUUGAAAGAUAAGUACAGAAAUUGGUGGUAAGAAUACAUAUCUUGUUCAGAAAGGCCUUAUAAAUUAUACUAGUAAUUUGUAGUUUAAUUUAUUGUUGUAAAACUUGGAAGUUUGUAUGCUUUUUAUGCAUUUAAAAAAUUGCAUGCAUUAUAUUUUUCCUAUAUUAUAUUUUUAAGUAUUUGGAUAGUGGUAAUGGAUUUUGUAUUAGGGCACAACAAACAUGCAUGCAAAUAAAUAUAUGAAAUUAUUUUUCCACCAUACAGACAAAAGUAUAUUAUGUACAGAUAAUACACAAAUAUCGGUUUUGUAGCUGGCUAGAAACUGGAUUUUAAAAAACUUAACUUAUUGCAACCAUGUCUUACAAUGUUAUGAAAUAAAAUGGCUUUCACAUAAUACAGAAAAAUCAUUGUUCAAAUAUCAUGUAUUUGCAUAUAUAAAAGCACGUCCAAAUUACGUUUAUUAUUAUGAAGUAUUUUUAAGUGUACAUGUACAUAGGUACUAUAGAUUUAUAUUAUAAGCUCAAAGGUGUUAAAAAUGUGUUCUUUUUUCAUAUCGAGUUUUUUAAUAUAUAUAUGUAAGGAUUCAAAGGCCUUCCUAAUAAAUAUAAUUAACAUAAAUAAGCAUA